AUAUGACAUUUGAUAUAUUCGAAAGCGUUGAGUCGGUAGAGCGGCAACCGUAAGAAACAACAAACGGCACGGAGUUUCGAACAUAUCUCAAACCCAUGCACAUACAACCACACAUGUAUUGAUGUGUGUAUGCCGUAUACACGAGCUGAUGUGUGUUGUUGAGUGAAAGUUUUGUGUUAGUUGUGUUUCAUUCAAGACGAAAACUCAUUUGUUUGUUUCCGAUCGCACAGUGUGUCGAAUAAAAGCGCAAAAAAAAAAUUCAGUGAAAAUGCAUAAAGAAAUCCAUUUGUUAUUCGACCAAAUAUUAAAAAACAAGUGAAUACAUGAGAUUGAAAAAGUAGAAUUCGGAGCAACAGUGUUGUGGGAAAAAUAGAAAAUCAAAAAAAAUCAUUAAAAAAAAGUUCAUAAAAUCUGUGAGCAUUUCAACAGCUAGAUUCAAUUGGAAAAAUGGCGUCCGUAAAUAAAUCAUCGGACGCAGCAAAUAUAGAUGAUAAUGCGGCCGCUGAUGCUACGUCAUCAUGCCUAAACGAUCCAAACUAUGCAAUAAUUUGUGUGUUUCUUCAAAAAUUUGGUGUGCAUCUGAAAAUCGAGCAUCCGGACUUUUUGCGAUUGCAAAAAAUGAUCGAAAAUACGGACGAGGUGCAUGAUGAACUCCGACAAUUCUUUGUGAAAUUGCUGCGAAAAACACGGAAAAGCGUUCAGCCAGACAAAUUGGAUUCGGCAUUAGCAAAAUUUUGUUACACAUAUUCGGCACAGGAUGCAUGGGAACUCGAACGAUUCGGGUAUAAAAAGGCGAGUCUCCCUGUUAAACUACGCGUAUUGAAGGAGGUUCUCGAAAGUCAAUUCGACAAGAAUCCGAAUUUUCGAACGUUGGUCAGUGCACAGACAGCCGCCGAACUUCGAAGUCAACCGUUGGGCAAAGACAAACUGGGAAAUGCCUAUUGGAGCACAGUAGACGACCAGUGCAAUUUGCGCAUCUAUCAAGAGCACUUGGACGAGGAGAUUUGGAAGGUGGUUGCAACGAAUCGCGAGGAAAUGGCAAAAUUAAUCGCAUGUCUUCGGGGCAAUGAAUUAGUCAUGCCGUCACUCGUUGGACUCAUUGAUGAAGACAGUAGUAGCAAUAGUAUGCCGCCAAAAGUGGAUGCACUACAAAAUGAGAACGGCAACGGCACAACCAACAGCAACGAUAGUGACGAGAAAAAUGUACCAUGUCUGAAAAUCAAAUUGAAUUCGAAUGGUGCCGAAUCGACGGUGGAGGAAAUUUCAAACGGUGACCAUACAAACGGUGCUAAAAACCAAUCGCAAAAUGAUAGUAUCGGCGAAGAAGAGGAGGAGGAAGAUGCAAGCGUUAUGUCGGAAAUUGAUGAACUAUCACAGGCAGCUAGCGAAAGCAGUAACACCACUGCUGGAACUAAAUCAACGGAAACACAAGGAUCAAAGCGAAUAUCGUUGAUGGCGUCGAAGCCUCCAUCAAAUGCAAACAAAUUGAAACUGCGAAUAUUUGCCACAGAUAAAAAGACACUGAAAAGAAACUUGGACGAAGAUACUGAAGUGGCGGCGGGUAAAAAUAAGCGACCAACGAUGCAAGACAAGAGUCAUGGCGAAGAAAACGACAGCGAAUUUGAAAGUGACGAAUUGUCAGACGAAGAAUUGGACGACAUUAGUGGCGAUGAUGAUGAUGAUGAUGAUGAUGAUGAUGAGGUUGGACCAGCCAUAGAAGAGCCAACAAUGUACGUGAAGGGACACGGAUCAGGUGCUGAUAACAACUGUGAGAAUGUCGUGUGGCCGGAUUGCGACGAGUCGGAUUGCGAAGUUGGUGAGGCAAUCGAAGAGGAAGUAUUUUUUGUAUUUGGCCAAGGAAGUGGCUUCGAAUGUGAUGUCGGUAACAAUGACAUUAAAACAACAGAAGCGCCAGCCAGUGGUACAACAGCACCACCACCGCCACCGGUCACACAAAGCAAGCCAAUGUUUUUCUUCGGUCAAGCGGGCUGCUUGAAACUCAGUCCAAUGAAACCGUCUGUUACCCCAACUGACAAUUCAUGCGCCACAAACAAAAAUGACACCGAAACAAAAGAGAGUGAAAAGACACUUGCUAACAAGACCGACACCAACGAUACAAAUUCAGUUGCCUUAGAUGCCAAAAGCGAAACCGUGCCGGAAAAUAGCGCUGAUGAAACAGACAAGGGAAUCUCGACCGUCAUCGAAGCGCCGCCACUCACAACUAUCCCAGAAAACAAUGUUGGCGAUAAAAACGAGCACACAUCAUCUUCUAAUGACUGGGCGCCAAUCAGUGAAAGCACAGCACAAAUCGAAACUGAUCAAUCGAAUGUCAACACCGAUCGAUGCGAUGAUAAAAGCGCCGAUGUGAAGCAUGAGGAAACGACUGCAGUGGCUGCGACCACCAAAAGUGACAGUUCUAAAGAAAGUAUUGAAUCAAACAGUUCAGUGGCCUUAGCGAAUAUAUCAGUACAACAAGACAGUGAAUCGAUUGAACCAGAAUCUCUGCCGACGACAAGUGAAACCGUAUUGCAAACCGAAAGCCAUUUAUCGAACGAUACAAAUGAACAAAAUGAGAUUAGUGAUAAAGUAGAAAAGCAAUCGUCGAAACUUGAUGUGGCAAGCGAUGAUGUGAAAUCGAUAGAAACGGAAAAUGAACCUGAACAUAAACUAAGUGAAAUGAGUAGUGAAAUUGAUGUGAAUGAAUCGAAUGCUUUGGAGAAUGACAAUGAGAAUGAGAAUCAAAGUAGCGUAAGCCAAGUUGAAGAUGAAGCAAAACCGAGUGCUGAGGUCGAAAUUAGUGAUACACCUUUAACUCGUGAAGAUGUUCCUAUUGAAAACCAAACCAUUUCUUCCAAACACGAUGAAUUCUCCGAAACAAUCGAAUCAACAAGUGAACCAGUGCAAGACACAGAUUCGGCAGCAGCACCAAUCGAAAACGAUAUUACGCCAUUGGUUGAGGAAAAUCGAGUUGAAGAGGUUGCAGAGCAAACGGAAAGUGGGGAAUCAAGUGAGUUGAAUAAUGAAAGCAAUAAUGAUGUCAAGACUGAAAGCCUAAAUGAACAAAAUGUUAUCGAAUCGAAUGCAGUCGAAAAUAAUUUAAAAGAAACCAGUACAAGUGAAGAAAUAACAACGGCUGAAAUACAAGAGCCAGAAAGUAAAGUGUCACAAAUCACUCCUCCUGCUGUUGAAAACCCUGUUGAAAUUCCCAUUCAAACACCAUCCGAGCAAUUGGAAACGGUUCAACCAACUGAAACCGAAGGUUUGCCAGAUGAACAAGAAACACUUGAUGAAAAACUUCCAUCUACAUAUGAAGAGAUUGAACAAACAACAAGUGAACCAGAACCAAUUGAUGCUUUACCAAUUGCGGUUGCAGCUACAGAGCCCACUCCAAUCGAAUCUGAUCCAAUGUCACCAGCUCCCGUUUACAAUGAGUCCUCAGAGCCCAUUCCAAAUGAAGUCGUCAACGAAUCGGUUCCAAGUUCAGUAACUGAACCAAUCGCAGCAAUUGCUAGCGAGCCAAUUCCAAGUGAACAGAUUGAGCCAACUCCGAAUGCUUGCCCAUCUGAAACGGUCGAGAAUGCUGAAAAUGACAAUAAAGAGAUAGUUUCAGUUGACGACAGAUGGGCGGCUUCGGUUUCCGUUCCCGUUGCUGAAGCAGAGCGUCAAGAGACGUCACAAGCUGAGUCAGAACGGAAGAAAAUCGUGCCAGAAUCAAAGGUAGAUAGAUCAGAAGUGAUUGCUACUGAGGUCAUAUCUGCACCAAUUACAGAAAAACGAAAAUCCAUUGAUUGCAUUGAAGAAGUUUCAGAGUGCAAAAAGAUUUGUGAAGAAAAAAUUCUUGAGGAACCUGAACAACCAACAAAGAUCGAUUUAGAUGCAGUGAAGAUAAAUGAAAUUCCAACAACAAGCCAAGAGGAAUCUGUUUCGAAGCCACUUGAAAUCGUAGAGCAGAGCGAUACAAUUCACGUUUCUGAAGUUUCACUCGAAUUGGAAGCGACAAUAGAGCCAAGUCAAAUUGAGUUAUCGAAGCUUUCAGAAGAAUCGGAAUUGAUUGCUCAAGAUAAAGAAGACGCACCACAAAUCACGACGGAAACACAAAUCGCGACGGAAACAAAUGUUGAAAUUCGUCACAAAACUUCAAAGAGCGAACAACCAAAUCUGAGUGAGGUGGGCACUUUAAAAACGGACGAUUCCGUGAAGAAUGCCGUAGCAUCAGUGGAAAAAGGAUCAGUUGUCAUAGAUAGUGAGUUCAUGCCCAAAACACAGGUCAAUGAAGCGAAAAACGAAGAACCAGAAUAUACCCAAGCUCAAGAGAAUGUUGCUGAGGCAUCAACUGAGGCACCUGUUGCCAUUGAAAAAGAAAAGUCGCGAUCACCAGCGCGAGCUCAGCUGAAUCAGGCACAAAGCUCACGGGUGGCUCAACUACGAACACGAAAGCGGCGAAUAUCGGGUGAGAAAGUGCGCCAUUCUUCCGAAAGUGAUGACAAUAUCGAUGCGCUAAUCGAAUCCCCACUGUCACAAGAUGCAAGCAGUGACGAAGAAGUGGGUGGAAAACGUAUAAAAAUGCGACCCAAAGUGGUAAAGAGAAGCGUACGCAAAUCGGUUGAACAAAAACGAAAUAUCAAAGACACUGAUUGGAGUAGUGAUGACAAUGAAAAGCCGAAUGCCAAGAGAGCAACGAGCGAUGUUUCCAAAGAAACGGAGAAAAUAUUGCCAUCGCCCGAGAAAGUGGCGCCAGAGGUGGAUAGAAGGAAGGCAGCUGUGAAGGAAAAAAGUCCACCGUCUAUAAAACCGGAAGAGAAGCCAUCUGUAGUAGAAGAAACGACGGUGAAGUUCGAAGAAGAAGCAAUCGAACAGCAAUCUGAUGAGGGACAAGCUACACCAGUUCGUCGCCCAGGUCGGCCGACAAGACGAGGUAGAAAACCGGGUCCCAAACCAAAAGCGAAGCCAGUGAUCAAAAAUGAAGACAUCAAAGAGGAAGAGCCGCUUAAGCAAAAUCAAUCGAUCAAAGAGGAUAAACCGGCAGCAACGCCGCCACCACCGGCAGCUAAACCAGAAACCCGAAGGAAAAAACGAAGUUUACUCGGUUUAGAUAUUGCUGAAAUUGAAACGGCACAAGCAGCUGUGGAUGCAGACACUCCGGUGCGCCAAUCGCGACGAAUUGCCCAAAUCAAAAUUCGCGAAGAGGCUGAACGUCGCAAAGCCGAAGAGGUAGCGCUGAUAAAAAUGAAACAAGCGUCAGAGAAGAAGAAAAAAGGUGUCGUUGCCGAGCAGAGUGCAACCGAAGAUGAGGAGGAAGAAGAAAACAGCGAAAGCGAGGCAAAGUUGGAAAAGAAAAAGAAACGUAAGAAGGGAAACAAGGACAAACCAUGGCAAACUGAUUCGGAUGACUCAAGCGAACGCGAAGAGGAGGAUGUGUACGAGCACGAAGAAGUUGAACGGCUACCACCAUUGGGUUCGGAUCACGAAUUCUCGCCAGAGUCAGAUAUCGAAGAUGAAUCGCAAAUUGUACCGACAAAACGUGCUCGGACCGCCCGCAAAGACAAAACCGAACGACGCGAAGAGGAGUCCGAAGAGGAGGAAGAUAUUCAUGCUUGUCAAAAGUGCACGAAAAGUGAUCACCCAGAAUGGAUUUUGCUGUGCGACAAAUGUGAUAAAGGUUACCAUUGUUCGUGUUUGAAUCCGGUGCUAUUCGUUAUACCUGAAGGAGACUGGUUCUGUCCACCGUGCCAGCAAGAAAAAUUGAUCGAUCAUUUGGAGGUGAAACUCCUUGAGUUUGACAAUAUGCUUCAACAGAAAGAGAUCGAAGAGGCACAACGCCAACGACUCCUGAUGACGACAAUCAGUGAGGAAAAUGUUAUAAGAGACACAAAGCGCGAUAGGCAGCGUGCACGUGCGUUGGAUGGAUCGGAGAACUCAUCGGAAUCGUCGUCGGAGGAGGAGAGUGAUGCCGGAGAAAAAGUCGGAAACAGUGAACGAAGAACAAGGCAACGGCCAAGACCAAGACCAAGACCAAUGAAUCGGCAACGCAAUCGCAGCGAGAGCGAAAGUGAAGCAAGCAGCAGCGAUAAUUCGUCAGACAAUGAACCGAUAUACAAAUUGCGAAAACGGCGUCAAGCCAAUGUCAGUUAUCGAUUCAACGAAUACGAUGAGCUGAUCAAUCGUGCGAUCAAAUCGGAAAUGGAUGAAGUGGCUGGCGCUGGCAACUUGGGCCGUGGCAAAGAUAUUUCAACCAUUAUCGAAGCCGAUAAAGAGGAAAAACGGCUGAAGAAACUGGAGGAGCAGCAAAAAGAGCGCGAAAUUACGGGUGAAACCAAUGAAAAAGAUGAUGAUGACGAUUCGGAUGAUCAUCCAUUGAAGACUAAAGCUGAAAAAUCGGAUGACAGUGACUCGGAGCCAAUACGACCAAAAGCCAUUAAACGCUCAAAGAACGUGGGUGGCCGAAAGAAAAAGAAAUUGAACAGUUUGGAUGUGGAUUCGGAAGAGGACGCCGAUUCGUCAGAUGACGAUUUUAAUACUAGCUCUUACUCUGACGACGAAGAAGAAGAGGAUUCAAGCGCACCUAGUGAGAGUUCACUGGAUAGCAUUGUUAAGAAGAAGAGAGGAAAAGGUCGUCAAUCAACUCGUCGGUCGGUUCGUGAUCGUAAAAAGCGAUUCGAUGCUGAUUUCAUCGAUGAUUCGUCGUUCGAUGACGAAGACAAUAUUCCGCUGGUUAAGAAAAAGAAGAAGGUCGAAUCAGAUUUUGAUGAUUUCGAUGACAGUUCCGAAGAGCUGGGGGAGGAUGUGGAUAGUGAGGAUCUGUGUGAUGACAGCACCGACGAAAGUGAUCGAUCAUGGGGCAAGAAAAAGAAGAAACCAUCAAACAAAGUGGCUAGCAAACCAAGUCGAAAGAAGAAACCCGAUGGUGAACGAUCUUUCAAGGGUAAAAUUGCCAAAAAGGAACCAAAAGUGUCGAAUGAUGAUGACGACGACGAUGAUGAUGUUAGCGACGAUGACGAUGCUGAUGAAGUAUUGCCCGAGAGCCGACGAACGCGCGGUAAAAAACUACCAUACCUCCUAGAUGAUGACUUUGAUAGUUCCGAUGAUGGAAUCAAACCCGGCGUCAAGCGGCCAGACACGCCACCCGAAGAGCGUGCUGCAUUCAUCAAGAAACAAGAGGAGAUAAAGCGAAUGUUGGCGGAAAAAGGGAAUGACGAUAAAUCGCUCCGUGUUCCACCACCGCAAAAGGACUCAUUGUCCACAAUACCGCCGCAAAUCAUUCAAACGGCCAAGGCACUCGAUGUUGAUCUCAAAAAAUCGGCCAGUUUAAAUCGAAAUGCCAGCGAUAAUGAUUCGAAUGGUUUUGAUGACGAUCUACCGGAAGAUUUUGAUCCCGAAGAUAUGGACGAAGAUGCCAUUGCCAAAAUGAUGGAAGAAGAAGAAUUUGCACAGCAUCAAUUGAAGCUGGCCGGUGAAACGAUACGCAAUCGCAAGCUAAAGGAUGCAUUGACCGAUCCAAUGAAAAAAGAAGAUUCGCCAACGAAACUAACCAUCGAAACGGGAUCAAGUGUGAUAAUGCAAUCGACAAUACCGUCUUUGGUAUCGCCAUUGUCAACGUCACAGCUUACCAUACCCGAUAUUCCUCCAUCAAUGUAUACGGUAUCCCAAUUCCAAGGUGCAAACAGCAAACAGUCAACGACGCCGAAGAAACGCGGUCGCAAAACAAAAGAUGAUGUUCCAAUGAUUGGUGUCAAGGAACAAGUACAUCCAACACAAUUGCCAACGAUACAACAUACAUCGAUUUUGCCACCAAACAAACCAAAUACUCUAUUAAAUAUGCCGUCAGUAUUACAACAUGCACCCACAUCGCAACUAUUCGCAUCGCCCACCAUUCAGCACACAUCGUCAGUUAUCGCGCAUGCAUCGGUUAUACAACAGCAGCAACGACUUCCGCCGAUGCCUCAAACCGUUGCAUCGAGCAUUCUUGGCCUUGCACAGAAUCGUGAACCAAUCAUACCGUCAACCGUGUUAGAUGUACAGAAUACACGACUUUUGGAUCCAUCUGAACUCGGUAAACCACCAGACGCUUUAUUGGAUCCGGCAGUGAAAAAACGAGCACGAAGCAGAAAGAAAAUUACACCGACCAGAGAUUCACUCAUUACUUCUCCGCCAAAUGUUACUGUGUCACCGGGCAUCAUACAACCAUCAGCGGUGACAAUACCAAAUGUUCCGAAUAUUUCGAAACCACCAUCAUCGAUUUUAUCGGAACGAUUGUCAGCCAAUCCAGCCGAAAAAGCGGGAUUGUCGGUAGCCACACCGCCACAACUCUAUUCGCCAAGCAGUCGAUCUCAAGCAUCGGUGAUCACCAGAUUAACGCGGCCAUCGCAAAGACAACCUUUCCCUUCCGGUCAAUCUCCACCGCAACGAUAUUAUGCACCAAAUGCAACAAUGCCAUCACAUUCAAUACCUUCAACGGCAACUGGAUCACUUUCACGACCAUAUCACACACCAAAUGUAACAGUUACAUCGGGACCAAGGCCACCACCAUUGGUUCCUCCACCACACACAAGCGGCCAUUUGCCUCAUCCGAUGUACAUGCGAGGUCAACCGGGAAUUCCAUAUGGCGGUUAUCCAAAUAUUCAACCACCUCCCAUGCAUAGAUCGUUGCAAUCUAUCGAACAUGCCACAAAUUCACCUCAAAAUUUCACAGGAGCAUAUCAAAAUCUACCGUUUGGCAGUUAUUACGCAGCCGCACAGGCAGCAGCAGAACGGAGAUCGGGUGCAAUAAUUGGUACAUUUGAGCCAUUUGACAACAAAAAUCCAGCAUCUCAUGAUCGCUUGCCGGCCUACGCACAUCCAAGUCUUGGUUUAGCUGCGCUGGCCAGUCGAAACGCUCCAACCGGAAAUGUUGAGGAUGAUCGAACUGGACCACCAGGACCAGCACCACCGUCGGUCAUUGGGCCGGGUGGUGUGGGCGGCGUUGGUGGAAGUACCAGUGAAUUUAGCGGUUUAGUUAGUUACUUCAGUUCGCAACAAGAUGACUUGGAUUCAUAAAUUUCGGAUGAAAAAUAACUCAUGCCCAUGCACAUAGCACAAACACACUCUUCAAUUUAUCAUUAGCCAUGAAUCCAUUUAGUCAUUGAAUUGCGUUUAACCAAUGGACAAAUACAAACUUAAUUAGGUUUAGACAAAAUGUAGCAAUCUCUAUUUGAGUAAACCAUGUUUAUUUUUUUGCUUUGGACAAAAAGGCAAAGUUUACAACAAAAACUCCAAAAUCGAUCAAUAAUAAAAAGUCUAAUAGUCACAAAGCAUCACGCACUCAACAUAGUACGAAUCGACCGUACCAUAUACAAAAGCAACAACAACAACAAAACCAUUUACGUUACAAAAUACUGUAUAAUAGAGCUAUUUACAUGAGAAUAGAGAGCCGAAUUCUAUGUGGUUUUUGGCCAAUUUUCAGUAGACCUUAGUGUUAGAAUCCGUGUAAAAAGGAGGAAAAAUCUUAUGCAGACAAAAAAAUGUCGAUCAUGUUUCAAUCACAUACAUACACACACACGAACUGUUACACGAAAACUGAAAACUCACAAAUAAGUUUAGAGAAUCAGAAAAAAGGUAUUUAUAUAUACGAAUGCAACACAACAAGGAUUCCCUAUAAAUAUUUUAUUUUAUUUGUUUGUCGUCGUCAUUUCGCUAGAGAAGCGAAUUAAUUUUAUUUGAUGCUACCUUUAAAAGUGUAAAAAACUAACCAAGAUUUACGAUGAUUGGUGAUGAUGAAGAUAGAACAAAAAAAUGGAUCUAUCAAAAGGGGAAAAUGUAUUUUUAUUUAUUUUGGUAUUAGUCAAGUAAAAAUGAAAGAGGAGAGAAUUGAAAUGAUGUGGAAGAAGAAGAAGGAAAAAAAAACAAUACAUAAUCAAAUUUAAUGUCAUCCCUUGAUUCCUUAACAGUCAAUGUGUAAGGAAUAAAUCCUUUUCAUGAGCAGCUUGAACGAUUUUAAGACGAGCUACAAAUUGAUAAAUAUUAUUGUAAUAAAUUGUAACAAUAAAAAUGUGUAGACCGUU